AUGACAUCAAAAAGAGGAAAAUUAAAAAAGAUGCACUCGGAGACCAUGCGGCCGGUGAUCGUAAGGGCAUGGGCAAUGGGCAUUGUGGUGUUUAGAGUAUAUAAACCACCUCAGCCAUCUACACUCGUCUGCACCACAACCACACAAUUCAAUAACAUCUCCCUCUUUAACUUCCACUCACUACCUUCAAUCUUUUUUCACUCUCGUUACUCCGGAGGGAAAAUGAGCAGACCAGGAGAUUGGAACUGCAGGACAUGCAACCACCUCAACUUCCAGAGAAGAGAAUCGUGCCAGCGAUGCGGUGAGCCAAGGAGCGGCGGCGACUACGGCGGCUUCGCUGGCAGAGGCUCUUCCUCCUUUAGCUUCACCACCGGCCCUGAUGUUCGCCCCGGUGACUGGUACUGCACCGUCGGAAACUGUGGAGCCCACAACUUCGCCAGCCGCUCCAGCUGCUUCAAGUGCGGUGUCUCCAAAGAAGACUCCUCCACCGGAUCAUACGACGUCGACAUGACCCGAAUGAGACCCUUCGGCUUCGGCGGCGGCGGCGGCUCCUCCGCCCGCCCUGGCUGGAAAUCCGGUGACUGGAUAUGCACCAGGUCUGGAUGCAACGAGCAUAACUUCGCCAACAGAAUGGAGUGCUAUCGAUGCAAUGCACCCAGGGAUUCUAGUAGUGGCAGGUCUCCCUAUUCGUCGUAG